UGUGUUUGUUUUGUGUUUAUUAAUUUAAAAAUUCAAAAUAACGGAAUAUCGAAUAAUUAUUGUAUUUAAGUUGUUUACUCUUUACUAAAUAUAAUGCAUGAACUAAAUACUAUAAGUGAUGAAGAAUUUAUCCCAUUUUUACAAAAACUAGGUGUAGAAACUUACAAUAAGUCAUUUGAGUGGUUAUUAGGUGAUCCAGACUUUGCUGGUGUUUUAGGGUGGAUUUACAACAAUCUAGAUCAUAAUAACGCUUUAACUGCACGGGAAGAGUACAGAUAUACUGAGUUAGAAAAACAAGGGAAAGUAUUGUCAUCUCAAGAGUUAGAAGCACAGUUACAGGACAUUCAAGAUGAGUUUAAAGGACUCAGUCUACCAGGAGAUGAGGAUGGAUUGGAAGAUAUUAAACUGGACAUUAGAUUGCAGAAGGAAAAACUAGCAAUGUUGAACCAUCAGGAGGAGAUGCUUAUGAAAUUGAUGCAGCAGAAUGAGGCAAUGAAUCAAGAACUUGCAGUGGAACUAACAAAGCUCAAUGCAGCUCAAAAGCAGGCAGCUGAUGAUGAGAGACUGAUGGGAGAAGAGUGUGUGAAGUUGGCCCGGCAGGUGGAGGCUACGGUAGAAGACAUCACAGACACUGUUGCUGAUGCUUUGAGUGUGUACGGAAGCUGUGCUGUUGAUAAGGAGUUAGCCAAAAGAUUCUUCACAUACGGCCCUUUUGAGUCAUACAAGCAGACACAGGAACUGUUCAAGUCUCACUUUGAUUUGUUCACGUCACUGAAGUUUGACUCUAAACGCAACAACGCCAGCGAUGAUGAUGUGAAGUUGGCGGUUAGAGAAGCCAGGAAUAUGGAGGACAGGUUAUCGGAUGCUGUGUCUGCAUACAUAGAAUCAAAGGCAGAGCUCUCCGGGGCGCAAGCGAAGCUGCUUCUAAUUCUACACUACGAUAGUGGACAUCAGUAUGCAGUGAGUUCCCAAGAGGCCCACAGCAGCGCCAUCCAGCUGCUGGAGCAGGAGGAGUCCAUACUGGAGCAGCAGAUACAGAACGCCAGCAAGCGGCUGGUGCAGCGCCGCACCGCCCUGACGGUCGACCGCAUCGCCGGCUCGGCGCUGGCAGAUAGAGAACAAACGUACAAACAGCUAGUAUUCCUCCAAGAGGUGAGCACGGAAGCCGUGUCGCUGGAGCGCCUGCUGUACUGUGCUCUGCGCCGCGAGCUCGUCUGCGCGGAGGAGUUGCUGCACUUCGCCUCGCACCUCCGCACGUACCUGCUGCAGGAGGCCGACUGCGUGGCCGAUAGAAUCAAAUCUAUGAACGAUACAUGCACAGAGCAAACCCAGGCUGAGGUUAAUCUGCAGGAUUCAGAUGUUCUGCUGAAAUGUCUCAUAUCUACACUGGGUGGAGAGCCCAGCAGCGAUGCUAUGCUGCCUAUCAAACUUUACAACGAUAUGCGCAGGAAUAUUCGAGAGUUAAAAGAUGAGAUACAAUACGGAUACAGGAUGAAAAAAGCAGCGUUAGAGGACAUCAAAGUUCUUGCGUUGCCCCUGCGCCGCUACAUCUAUGACGGCUGCACCGGCCGGCCCAACUGCCGCGACCGCAGCGUGGCGGCGCUCACACACGCGCUGACUCACGAGAUGGCGAGUGUCGACGCGCGCGUGCUUGGCAUCGGGGAAACCUUCACUACUGUCAAGGGCAAGGAUGUUCACAACACAAGGAAACUCUGGCAAUGGUUCCUCACUGACCCCGCGAAGUUGGCAGCAGCCAUGAAAUAUGUGUCCCGAGAUUAACGAACAAAAAUACAUUAUACCUGAUAAUAUGCCAGUAUAUGAUAGGUUAGUUAUUUUUUAUAUGUAUAUAAACUGUUUCACAGAA